CGCCUUAUAACAGGAUAUCUCACUGGCGCGAAAAACGCACUGUGUGGCUUCUAUUACACAUUGUGGGGCGGACCUUGUGCCUGCUGUGUGAACCACCGGCUUUUGUGUUUUUGUUGUGUUAAACUUAGAACUUAAACAGGAGUAAAACCAGCGCCGAGGGAUCUCAUCUCUGUGGAAAGCUCGGACUGCUUUUAUCUGUGGGAUCUCUGUACGCCGGGUACACUUUUCUGCGGAGGGAUUUUCCAUGCCCUGAAUUUAACUUUGCGGUUUCAGGGAGAGCUGGUUGAAGGUGCUCGGAGGGAACAUUUGAUCUUUCCUGGGAAUUAACUCUUGAGAGGAUUUUAUAAACUGGAAGCAUGGAGUUCGACUGCUACCAGCACUACUUUCUCGACGAUUUCGACACAGAGGAGGAUUUUUACAAGUCAACUGCGCCGAGCGAGGACAUAUGGAAAAAGUUUGAGCUGCUGCCCACCCCUCCCAUGUCCCCCACCCGGACUCUGAGUGGAGCUGCCCUGCACCUCUCACCGGGGGACAAGCUGAACUGGCUGUCCAAAGUCCUGGGUCAGGACGAGGAGUGUGAGGGCCAGUUUGUCCCAGACAGUGAGGAGCUGUUCGGCAAUCUUAGCUCCAUCAUCAUUCAGGACUGCAUGUGGAGUAGUUUCUCCGCUAGUAAGCAGCUGGAGAAGGUCAGCGGGAAGGUGGUAUCGGCUGCGGCACAGACUGGUGUCCCCCCGUUGGCGCAGAUCUCCGUGAGACCAAGCAAGGCGCAGUGCGUCUCCCCCGCCGGCGCACUCCCCACCGCGGCGACAGACUGCGUCGACCCCGCGGCUGUUCUCACCUUCCCGGCGAACAGCUGCAGGAAGCCGGCGUCGUCUGGAUCUGAGUCCCGCUCUGAUUCCUCCGAUGAUGAAGAGGAGAUUGACGUGGUCACCGUAGAAAGCAAGCAGAGCCGAGUGCGCCUCGUGAAUGUCAGAAAACCAGUGACCAUCUCAGUCCGGGCUGACCCCUGCCCCAAACGCUUCCACAUGUCUGUCCACCGGCAGCAGCACAACUACGCUGCCCGCUCCCCUGACAGUGACCCUGAACCUGAGGAUGAUGAGGACGACGAUGAAGAUGAGGAGGAAGAAGAGGAGGAGGAGUAUGACGAAGAGCCCCAAAGCAAGCGUACCUGCACGGCUUCCUCGCUGAACUCCUCUGCCUCUGGCUCCGAGCCUUCCUCCCCCUCAGAGACCCCCCAGAACUCUGACACAGAGGACACUGACCGCAGGAGGAACCACAACUUCUUGGAGAGGAAGAGGAGGAACGAUCUGCGGUCUCGUUUCCUCGCCUUAAGGGAUCAGAUCCCUGGUUUGGAGUCGGCCAAGACCCCAAAGGUUGCUAUCCUGACCCAUGCGACGGAAUACCUUGUUGACCUUCACAGCAGAGAGAAACGGCAACUCCAAGAGAAGAAACGCCUCAAAACCCGACAGCAGCAGCUUCUCCGCAGGUUAUCUGAACUGAAGCGCUCCUGAGACACAAAGGAGCAUGCCCUUUUUUUUUUUUUUAAACAAUAAUCUGCCUCAUUCACUGUCAGGAACUCUGCUCUCAAGUUCUGAAAGUUUCAGUUUGUUUUUUUCUAUAACACCAUGCCUCAUGUACAUAGCUGUGUGUUCUGUCUGGAAUGAAUUCAUAUAAGUGUGGGCUUCCUAUGAACUGACUGCCAAUGAACCUGUUAGGGGGAGGAGCAGUUUUUGGUGUGUUUUUAUAUUUUCUUUGCACAUUGAUUUAGUAAUGAGCAAGAGAAGUAUUUCCUUGUGUUGAGAGGGGGGGAACAAGAAAAUAACCUUUUAAUAGUUUACCUGUGUGAUCAUGAACAGCCUAGCCUACAGAGAGUGUGUGUGUGUGUGUGUGUGAGUGUGUGUGUGUGUGUGUGUGUGUGUGAAAGCUGAUUAAGGUGUCUUAAUAUUAAUCAUUGCACACUUGAAAAUGGAGUGAGGUGUGGAAGUCUAUCUGUGUAUAUAUUUGAAAGAGUCAGUUCCCUGUGUGUUUGGAUUGUAUGACUGAAUGUUUGAUGUACAAAAUGUUCUGUAAAUAAUAGCUUAUCCCUCCUGUUGAAGGAGAUGAAAUCAAGAGUUGUCAAUGAGCUUUGCUCCUCGUUACAAGGUGCCACCAGGCAUCGAGGAAACCUCUAUUUUGUUAAGAAAACAGGAAAAAUGGGCAAAAAAAAAAGACUAAGUAGCACUGCUGUACUUUAUAUACACACGUCACUUUGUGAUUUCAAUGCUUCUCCUGAUUUUGGUUGAUUUGUGGUUUUUUUUAAGCAUGCUAACAUGGACAGCAACAUUAAAUUUUUAUACCAUAUUUGCAACAAAA